AUGACCGACUCCUACACCAGCUCCUACUACUACAGCUCCUCCACCAACACCACCAACGGCAACACCACCACCGGCCACCGGUACACGACCACCUCGCAUACCGAUCCCGACGGGAACACGGUGGUCCGCACCGCGCACCAAGACCUCGGCCAGCCGGCCGUCGUCGAGGAGCGCCGCUACGACCGCACCGGGCAGGAGCAGCAGAUGCUGGCGUCUGGGUCGGAGACGCUCCCCGGCGGGGUUAGGCGGAUAACAGACCUGGACGAGGAGACGGGGGCGACGACCUACGACGCGGGGACGCAGUAUGGGAUUCCGACGGGAGGGACCGAGAAUGAGCGCGAUGAGAGGAGCCGCGGCGAUGAGUGGUGGAGUUCGUCGGUGGGGAGAUCGUCGUACGAUAUCGGGACCCCUUUACCUGGUGCUAGGACUUACAAUGCGUACACAGGGGCGUAUGAGGAGCAGCGUGCCGAUUACGAUGCCGAUGGGGUGCCGCGAUACCGGUACCGAGGCCGGGGACGUGGGCAGAGUGGGUAUUCGGCUGAGCAGAAGGCUAGUCGGGAGUUUGAGACGGAUCAGGGGACGAGGUUGAAGAGAGAGACGGAUGUGAAAAUGUCGGAUUUGUUGUAG